AUGUCUACCAUUCAACAGAUCAAGAACUUCAUCCGCCACGGCAAACAAGCUCGCGUCGGUAAUUUUAGCGAAGAGCCGCAAAAGAAUGAAGCCUCUCAGUCGAUACCACAGCCACCCCCGGAGAAAACUGUAGCAACAGGUCCCGGCAGGAGGGUAGACGAGGCGAACCUGGCUCAAAUUGUCGCUGAAGAAAAUGCCAGCAAGGGAAAGUUCCCGAAAUACCCUGAUCUAGAUCGAUGGGAGCUCCUGGAGAAAAUGGGCGAUGGUGCCUUCAGCAAUGUUUAUCGUGCGCGCGAUCUGACCGGAGAGCAUGGUGAGGUUGCCAUCAAGGUCGUUCGCAAGUAUGAGAUGAAUCGUAUGCAACGCUCGAAUAUCUUGAAAGAGGUUCAGAUCAUGCGUCAGCUCGACCACCCCAACAUCGUCAAGCUCAUUGAAUUUUCCGAAUCCAAGCAGUACUACUACAUUGUGCUGGAGCUGGCUCCCGGUGGCGAGCUGUUCCACCAGAUCGUACGAUUGACCUACUUCAGCGAGGAGCUGUCUCGCCAUGUCAUCGUCCGAGUGGCCAGGGCGCUGGAGUACCUGCACGAGGAGAAGGGCGUUGUCCAUCGCGACAUCAAGCCUGAGAACAUCCUCUUCAACCCGGCACCCGUCAUUCCCUCCAAGCACCCAAAACCUAAGCAGCCAGGAGAUGAGGACAAGGUUGAUGAGGGCGAGUUCAUCCCUGGAUAUGGAGGUGGCGGCAUUGGCGAAAUCAAAAUUGCCGACUUUGGCCUCUCCAAGAUUGUGUGGGAAACACAAACCAUGACACCCUGCGGCACCGUUGGCUACACUGCACCCGAGAUCGUCAAGGAUGAGAGAUAUUCCAAGUCGGUUGAUAUGUGGGCACUUGGCUGUGUUCUCUACACGUUACUGUGUGGCUUCCCGCCUUUCUACGACGAAAGUAUUGAAGUUUUGACGGAAAAGGUUGCCAAGGGUCAAUACACCUUCCUGUCGCCUUGGUGGGACGGCAUCUCUUCAUCUGCCAAGGAUUUGAUCAGCCACCUAUUGACCGUGGACCCCGAGAAACGUUACACCAUCAGAGAGUUUCUUGCUCACCCAUGGAUCCAAGAAGUAGGACCGACCCCUAAAACGGAAAAGAGGCCCGAUAUGCCGCUCAAGCCAUUUGCAACCGCCCAAUUCGAAGAAGCUGGAAAGAAGUACGAUUUCCGAUCACCUGCAGCCGUCAAUCUCCGCGAAGUUUUCGAUGUCAGUUAUGCUGUUCAUCGUCAAGGAGAAGAGGAAAUGAGACGGGCCCAGAUUGGAGCACGAGCCGGAGGUGCUGGUCGACCUCUCGGCGGUCUUAACGAAGAAGACGAAGAUGAGGAGGAAGGAGAAGAAGAAAACGAUGCCGAUAACAUGGACAUCGAUAAGGAUACCAACAGCAAAACUCAGGCUCUAGAGCAGAGGAUGCAAAGGGCCAACAUCCAAGACCAUGAUAAUACUCAUACUCGUGGCCGCGAGCGAGAGCGAGCCACUAACGAAAGAGGCUAUGGGCAGCAUUCAGCGGCCGUGACCGCUGCUGCACGACAGCAAGUGCGCGAGCGACAGCGACAAAAGGGUGCAUUUGAGCUCAACCUUGACAACGCAACGCUGCUAGGCAAGCGAGGCAAGAAGAUUCCCGUCAUGGGAGCGUAG